UCAUAUACUAGACCGAUUCUUCUGUGAUGAAGGAUGGCUUCAUUCCCCGUCUCCAGUUCUCUUUGUAUUAUCUGUUCUCCCUUUCAUUCUUCCGGGGGCUAUUUCCAAUCCUCGCCGCUAUUUGCAACUUGAACCAGAGAAAUGGCCAAGAUCAUGGAAGCUGGGAAGCCCCAAGAGCCAAGGAAACGCGUCAACGGUGCUCCGCAGGAGCCACGAGCCGUGGAAGGCCCUCCUAUGCCCCCUCCCCUUCCGGCCGAUGAUGUUUUGAUUGAGAAGACUCCAUUGCAAAAGCGACAGCGCCGGAAUCUUACUGACGCGGAAAGGUUGGAGGUAGCAGCAACCCGCAAAAGAGGUGCUUGCGAAGAACAUCGAAGAAAGAAAGAGAAAUGUCGCCAUCCACCGAAACAGUAUGCAACCGGCGGUAUCGGCACUGAUGGAGCUACACCGCUCUUCAGCGGUCAGAAUCCCAGAAUUCAUGGUGUUCUGUAACAUCUACCGCGAGCCGCUAUAGUGAAACCUCCAACCUGGAGGAAGACCGCUUAGUGGCGACAAGUGUCACUGCUGGUCCCU